AUGACGGAGCAACAGGAGGAAAAGAGAUAUGAUCAAAGAGACACAACGCUUAAAUUUGUUACAAGACCUGAUGACAUAAGUAUGUUGGAUGAUGACCCAAACACCCUGAGGGCUGAGAUGUCAUGUGGCCAUGCCGUCACACCACAGUCUCUCACCGCCUGGUGUCGCAGUCUGCUGGAUCAGGGACAGCACAAGUUCCGGUGUCCUGCACUCAUAGAGGACACAAUACAGAAAUGUAAUGCAGAGUGGUCAUACCUGGAGGUGCGUAGGCUGGCUGUGUUAACCAGCGAUGAACAAAAACACUUUGAGGAAACUGUGGCUGUCCUGGCUGCAGCAGAAUACUGUGAAUACAACUCGUGCCCAGGCUGUGGCUCAUUCGUUGAGAGAGAGGACUUGACCAACCUGUGUGUGCUCUGCACCAUCUGCACGGCUGAGAGGGGUAAAACGUACCAGUUCUGCUGGCAGUGCCUGAGAGAGUGGAAGGGUCCAGCUCCUACCGCAAACCGCUGCGAGAACCCGGGCUGCAACAACCCAAACCUCGAAAAGCUGGCCAAGUGUCGUGACGUAAUUCUACCAGAGGCCAAAAAUAUAGUUUGCCCGUCCAUGAGGGCUUGCCCUACCUGUGGAAAUCUGCUUGAGCAUGACACCACGGGGUGUAAAAAUGUCAUUUGCAACCGCUGUCAGAUUGAAUUCUGUUUUGUUUGCCUGAAACUUACCCCUGAUUGCCUUGAAACAAGCUCAUACUAUAUAGCCUGCUCAGAUGGGGUUGCUCCCCGCCAAACAUCCAUUCCAUCCUGGAGAAAAUGA